AUGUCAUCAGCUGCAACUACAAAUCGUGCUAGUGAUAUGUGGAAUAGUGCUGACGUUAACUCGCAGAGUGCCAAACAACCUUACAACUAUGGUUAUCAAUACCCCUUUUCACCCAAUGCAUAUAAUCACCAAAUUGUCCAACCAAACAGUGAUUAUAAUGAUCAUCAAGCUAACGGUAAGUUAUAUGAUCCAAACAAUCCAACUUCUGUAGUUAAAUCAGAACCAAUUAAUUGGCAAAAUUAUUCUAUGAAUUAUGCAAACGGCAACAGUCACGCAAAUAUGGAAAUGAUAAACAAGUGGAGGGAAAUGAGUUACUACUCGCAACAGUAUGAAAACUACCAGUACGAAAACAAUAAUAGAACCUUAAUAAAUAAUUCAUAUUUAGACUCCAGAUAUAACACGAGGCCUGUUAAUUCUCCUAGUCAGUGCAGUUUGCCAGAAACAAAUUACGGAUCGCCACACAGUGUAUCCAGUGUUGUUAAAUCUUCUGAAGAUGAUGAUACCCCCAAACUCAGUCAAGCUUUUAGAGCUUUUCUUGACAAAUCUAAGCCAAGUAUAAAUGGGAAUAUAAAACAUCAAGGAUAUGAUAUAAAAAGUGACGAAACAUACUCACAACAACCAUAUCAACAAAAAUUUAUGUGUCCAAGAACUGAACUCGAGAAUUGGGAAAAACACAACGAGGAAUUGGUUGCGAAAAAAUGUAAUUUAGAACAAUUUCAUGGUGAUGAUGCUGAUGAAGUUAAGGCUAGUGGCAAAGAAGUAGGAAGGGCGGCUGUCAGUGAUAGUACAAAGGCGAAUGCUAUAGAAAGCUGUCAGGACAUGACAAGGGUCGACGCAGGCGGCGACAAUGAGGAUUAUAGUGAAAACAAAAUGGCUACCAACUCAGAGGCACAGGGCUUUUACCCAUGGAUGAAAAGUAUUGGCAAUGAUGACAAAAAAGAGGGAUCUAAAAGAACGAGACAAACAUACACACGGUUCCAGACACUGGAAUUAGAAAAGGAAUUCCAUUUCAAUAAAUAUCUUUCAAGACGCCGGAGAAUAGAAGUUUCACAUGCCUUGGGUCUUACCGAAAGACAAAUCAAGAUAUGGUUCCAAAACCGUAGAAUGAAGGCGAAAAAAGAUGGUAAACUUUCCACUUCUCCAGAUCCAUAUAUGGACGACGUCGGUGUUACGAAACUAGGUAAUCUUCCGGAAUAUACAGAUACAAGGAAUAUGAUGUCUAUUCCUGACUAUCAAAAUUUUCAUAACAUGAAUCAUGGAACUAAGAUUUCCAGCUUAAAUUCUAACCAUCUAUCUGGCUCUAUGGCUCAGAAUUGUGUUAUUCCACCCUAUGGUAACGUAAUUCCACAAAUAUGA